AUGCCUAAGUGCGGGUACUGUAGUAAAUUUUUAUCCAACGCGGACUGUGUGAGGUGCUCUAAAUGCGCAAAUAAUUUUCAUCGUACUUGCUGUUCUGUACCGACGGGGCCAACACCUCAAGGAUGGGCGUGCCAAGGCUGCAAAGUCAAGACCAAAACAGACCCGACGUCAUCCUCGAGGGCACCAAAAACGUUAUGUGGUGAUAUGUCGUCAGAAGAGUCAACUCCUCAAUCAGAUCUAAGUGAGACUACACCCACAUCGAACAACCACAUGCUACGGGAGUUAAUGCAGGAGAUAAGAGAUCUGCGCAGUGAGCUGAGCAAAACAAGAACUGAGAUUGCGGUCUGCAGGAGGCAGAUUCUCGACUUCAAAGCAUGCAAUGCUUUGAAGUCGAGAAUCACC